AGAUGAAGCUCGCAGGUGCAAGCGGUGGAGCAAGCUCCCCUCGCCCGGAGCACGCUCGGCUCGCACCGCGGGCAGGCUCUCCUGGUGCAGGUGCAAGCGGUGGAGCAAGCUCCCCUCGCCCGGAGCACGCUCGGCUCGCACCGCGGGCAGGCUCUCCUGGUGCAGGUGCAAGCGGUGGAGCAAGCUCCCCUCGCCCGGCGCACGCUCGGCUCGCACCGCGGGCAGGCUCUCCUGGUGCAGAUGAAGCUCGCAGGUGCAAGCGCUGGAGCACGCUCGGCUCGCACCGCGGGCAGGCUCUCCUGGUGCAGAUGAAGCUCGCAGGUGCAAGCGCUGGAGCACGCUCGGCUCGCACCGCGGGCAGGCUGCGCCUCACGCCUUGGCGGGUCUCGCUUAACCCUCGCGCCCCCUGCGCAGGGGCCCAGGCGCCCCCUCGCCGCCCGAGGAGCCAGGAGCGGGGCCGCGGCCGGGCGGCUGGCGCUGCCAGCAGGGCCCGCUGCCUCCUCUCUCCUCCCCCCUGCCGUCCCGCCGCUCGGCCCGUGGCUGCCGGGCAGCGGAUCACGGCGUAGGAAAGGGAACGCGGGGAAGCGAAGAGUGGCCCCGACUCUCGGCAGCGUUUUCCCCACCGGCCGUCAGUGACCUCCCAGAGCGGCCCGGGGCUGCUAGCUCACGUGCAGGCACUUGGGCUCUGAGGGGAGAAGGUGGGAAGGGAGCGAGGGGGGAGAAGGAGGAGCGUCUGUGAGGGAAGAGUAAUACUUACUGAAAGAUUUGGGACAAGAAGCCUGGAGAGGUGGCGGUUUAGAGGCUUCCUUCUCUGAUUGAGGAAUCCUUGCUGCGUGUUGUGCCUUGGCUGCAAUUUGAUAAGAGUACCCUGACCAGUUUUCUGUCUGGAGCAGAGCAGCGAGGAGAAGCUCCUAGAGAGAACAAGGCGUGCGGAGCUCGGAUCACCAGCAUCAUGCUCCUUGGGCUUGGAUCGUAGAUCCCCCCCCUCUUUGAACAUUAAAAGAACUCCUUCGGCCAUCAGCGUCCCAGGCAGACCCAGCGAGAAAACACACACUUGAGAGAGAGAGGAAAGAAAGAGGAGGAAGAGAAAAAAAUCUGCAACCAAGUGGACUAAAGCAAAGGGGGAAAAAAAAAAAGAGAGUGCUUUGCUUGCACAGCUGCGAAGUGGGAAUUUAAAGACCUGCAGAGAGAGAUUCCAGCUCAUCAGCACAUACACAUUGCAGAAUUACAGAUCCAGGUAGAAAUGACAUCAACAGGGAAAGAAGGCAGCGGAGCUCAACAUGCACAAUAUGUUGGACCCUAUCGUUUGGAGAAAACCCUAGGAAAAGGACAGACAGGGCUGGUGAAGUUGGGGGUUCACUGUGUCACGUGUCAGAAGGUCGCCAUAAAAAUUGUCAACAGAGAGAAGCUGAGCGAGUCGGUGCUAAUGAAGGUGGAGCGGGAAAUAGCCAUCCUGAAGUUGAUAGAACACCCUCACGUUUUAAAGCUGCACGAUGUUUACGAAAACAAAAAAUAUUUGUAUUUGGUGCUAGAACAUGUGUCAGGUGGGGAGCUCUUCGACUAUCUGGUAAAAAAGGGAAGAUUGACACCAAAAGAAGCCAGGAAGUUCUUCCGACAAAUCAUCUCUGCUUUAGACUUCUGCCAUAGUCAUUCAAUAUGCCACAGGGAUUUAAAACCAGAAAACUUACUGCUGGAUGAAAAGAACAACAUCCGGAUAGCAGACUUCGGGAUGGCAUCGCUGCAGGUCGGGGACAGCUUGUUAGAAACCAGUUGUGGAUCACCACAUUAUGCUUGCCCUGAAGUCAUCCGGGGAGAAAAAUACGAUGGGAGGAAAGCAGACGUCUGGAGCUGUGGAGUCAUUUUAUUUGCGUUGCUAGUGGGUGCCCUACCUUUCGAUGAUGACAACUUGAGGCAGCUGCUGGAGAAAGUGAAGCGUGGGGUGUUCCACAUGCCACACUUCAUCCCCCCAGACUGUCAGAACCUCUUGCGGGGGAUGAUUGAAGUGGACGCCUCGAAACGGCUCACGCUAGAACAUAUUCAGAAACACAUAUGGUAUAUAGGGGGUAAGAACGAGCCAGAACCAGAGCAGCCAAUCCCUCGAAAGGUGCAGAUUCGUUCUCUGCCUUCCUUGGAGGAUAUUGAUCCAGACGUGUUAGAUAGCAUGCACUCGUUAGGCUGCUUCCGCGACCGAAAUAAACUCUUACAGGACUUGUUGUCAGAAGAAGAAAACCAAGAGAAAAUGAUUUAUUUUCUUCUGCUUGACCGGAAGGAGAGAUAUCCUAGUCAUGAAGAUGAGGAUCUUCCCCCUAGAAAUGAAAUAGACCCCCCCAGGAAGCGUGUGGACUCCCCAAUGCUGAACAGGCAUGGGAAGAGGCGGCCAGAGAGGAAGUCGAUGGAGGUCCUCAGUGUGACGGAUGGAGGCUCCCCAGUCCCUGCUCGCAGAGCGAUCGAAAUGGCACAGCAUGGACAGAGGUCUCGGUCAAUCAGCGGAGCAUCGUCUGGGCUCUCCACCAGUCCUCUCAGCAGUCCAAGGGUCACCCCUCACCCCUCUCCAAGGGGAAGUCCCCUCCCUACCCCCAAGGGGACACCUGUCCAUACGCCAAAGGAGAGCCCAGCAGGCACACCCAACCCAACACCACCAUCCAGCCCCAGCAUUGGAGGAAUGCCAUGGAGGACACGGCUCAACUCCAUCAAGAAUAGUUUCCUGGGGUCUCCUCGCUUCCAUCGCCGGAAAUUGCAAGUACCUACUCCAGAGGAGAUGUCUAAUUUAACCCCGGAAUCAUCCCCAGAGCUUGCCAAAAAAUCCUGGUUUGGUAACUUCAUCAACUUGGAGAAAGAAGAACAGAUUUUUGUGGUCAUUAAGGACAAACCACUAAGCUCCAUUAAGGCUGAUAUUGUCCACGCUUUCCUCUCGAUCCCAAGCCUCAGUCACAGUGUCAUCUCACAGACAAGUUUCCGUGCAGAAUACAAGUCCACAGGAGGUCCUGCUGUCUUCCAGAAGCCAGUCAAGUUCCAGGUGGACAUAACAUACACAGAAGGGGGAGAGGCACAGAAGGAGAACGGGAUCUAUUCUGUCACUUUCACACUCUUAUCAGGUCCAAGCCGUCGUUUUAAGAGGGUAGUAGAAACCAUUCAGGCACAGUUGUUAAGCACACACGACCAGCCUUCAGUGCAGCAGUUAUCAGACACCACUAACUGUAUGGAGUUGAUGACUGGCAGACUUUCCAAAUGUGGCAGCCCAUUGAGUAACUUCUUUGACGUAAUUAAACAACUUUUUUCAGACGAGAAGAACGGGCAGGUGAGCCAUCCCCCCGGCACGCCAACCAAGCAUAGCGCAAACAGCAAGCGGAGCGAUUCCGGUUCUAAUGACUAUGGGUCUAGAGGAGACAAUAAGUACCCUGCUGGCAAAGACAAAGCAAAGAUGGUCUCAUCAGUCGGCCUACAAGACCAACCUUAAAUAAACACAUUAAAAAGCGAAAACAAAACAAAACAAAAAGCAAAAACAAAGCAAAACAAACAGACAGAAAAUUAAAUCACUUAGAAAAAGAACAAAAGAAAAGAAAACAAAACAAACAGAACAAACUAGAAGCAAGAAAGAAUGAAAGAAUAUUCCUUUAGCAAGCUAGCCUCUAAACUAGAAGGAUGUAUAUACCUUGCCACAACAGUACAAAACUGUCUAUAGACAACUUUUGUAUGAAGGAAUGACUGUACAUAUAUACAUAUAUAUAUUUAUAUAUGAUAUAUAAUAUAUAUCUCAGAAACAAGACACAGAAAACAAAACAAAAUCAAAACCCUGAAAGAAUGAAAAGAAAAGAAAGAAAAGAAAAAAGGUAGCACAGAUGACACAGAACCCAGUUCACCAGACCUUGGGUUGUGGUUUAUUUUUGGUUUUCUUUGUUGGUUUUGGGUUUAUUUUUUUUUCCUCUCCUUUUUUUUUUGACUGUUUUUGCCCUUUUUUUUUUUUUUCCCU